AUGUCGGUCAAGGUCGUGGUCGGAGUUACGGCUUCGGCUUCAACGAUCAUCAUAGCCAUUGCUGUGGCAACAAGUGUCAUCCUCUUUCAGGUUAGAUUUUUGAAAAAUUUAGGGGGCUUUGAGAUCUUUUUAUCAAAUUUUGUGUUGAUUAGUGGCCUAUCUUCUAUCUUGUCGACUUUUAGGACAUUAACAAUCUUCACGAUGAAAUUAUGACCGAAAUGGGGGAGUUCAAACAUAUUGCAAACGACGCUUGGCGUGGAAUCAUGGCCUUUAACUCGCCAAUCCACACUCGCCAAGCUAGAUCCAGCGGCUAUGCGAGCCUCCUCAGGACUCUUAAAGGCCGCAAUAAACGGAAUGCCCAAUGCCAGUGUGCUCGACAAGCCUCCAACUGUCCACCCGGCCCUCCCGGACCCCCCGGACAAGCCGGUUUGAACGGUGAGCCCGGUCUUCCAGGAGAUGAUGGCCAUCCUGGACUCUCCGGAAUGGAAAUAUCCUUUGAUAUGACAAUGAAAGAUGGCUGUUUCGUCUGCCCGGCCGGUCCACCUGGCCCUCCAGGAGCACCUGGACCAGCUGGCGGGACCGGACCUUCCGGAAAACCGGGAGACAUUGGAUCACCAGGAAAGGAUGGAGCGCCGGGUCCUGCUGGCCCAGCCGGAGAUGAUGGUGAGCCCGGUAUUCCUGGCAUCCCAGGACCACAAGGUCGCCCCGGAGAAGACGCCCAACAUUCGCCAAGUCUCCCAGGUCCUAAAGGCCCACCCGGACCUCAAGGGCCACCCGGUGAUAUUGGUGCUGACGGAACGGCUGGUGGAGUUGGUCAGCCCGGUCCAGCAGGCCCACAAGGACCUCCAGGAAAGCCUGGAGACAAUGGACCUGAUGGAGAACCCGGAAAGGUGAGAUUCAAGCGAUUUUUAGCCAUUUCUUAUCGCCUUCAUUGUAAACUAAUGUCAAUUUAGGCUGGAUCUCCUGGUGAGCCUGGCCCAGAUGCUGCGUAUUGUCCAUGCCCUCCACGAACUGAAAAUCUGGCCAAUUAUCAUAGUGCUGGUGCCGAAGCCAACAUUGACGAAGCCCCCAAACAUUUCAUCCCCACUAUCCCGCAAGCUCCGCCCACCGCCGCCCCUGCGGCCAAUCAAGAGUCAGCCAGCGUGAAGCCAUACUUGGCUAGAGCUCAUGCCUUCCUAAAUACGGAGGUUGAGGACAAGGACGGGGAAAAUGAGGAGGGAGAUGCUAAGGAAGUUGUGGAUGGAAAAGUUCAAGGGACGGUUCACGAGGAAACCCAUGAAAGCAACCGGGUCUUUGUCGAUUCAGAUGGAGGUGAGAAUUGAAAUAUAUACAUAUAAUAUUCCGUAAAUCAUUUUUGAAGAAAAAAAUAUAUAUUUUCAAAAUUUUAGUGACUCAUCACCACCGCGAGCGAAUUGAGGAGCAUCAUCAUGAACAAGUAAGCGGAGGACCGACCUCUGAACUUUAUGGAAGAGAAAAGUUUGGAGGACAGAUUCUCGGAGGACUUAGCGAGGACUUGAGAGAGGCUUUGAACGGAUACAAGGGCGAGAAAUGGCCUCCAGAGACGUAUGAAGUCCCCGCCGUGCCAAACCUCGAGAAUGUUGAGGGCAGUGGGAAUGGCGAUGACUUCCCUCAUGCUCCCAAGUUGCCAAGUGUGCACAGAAGACGGUUUUAUCAUCAUCAAUAG